CAGCUCCGGCCCCGCCCACCUGGGGAAGGAAGCGGAAAAGGGGAACCGGCAGCAGCCCCCUGCAGUUCCUUCUCUUCUAGCCCUUGGGACGCUACCGCUACGCGGAAAGCAGUUGCGGGCGAGCGGACUGCCACAGAGGAGGAGCUUUCGGCCGCAGCCUAGUAACACCGAGAGCCCAGGCCUGUGUUUGAAACCUGACAUUGUAAAAGACACUUCCUGCUUUGGGAGGAGAGGCUCUUCUUCCAUGUGCCUGCGUGGAUUUGUGUUCCUCCCGAAAAGAAUGGCUGAUGUGUGCACCUGGCCUUUCUCCCCUAGGGGUUAGCAGUGGCCACCAUGGGUUCUGUGAAUUCCCGAGGUCACAAGGCAGAAGCCCAGGUGGUGAUGAUAGGCCUCGACUCAGCUGGGAAGACCACGCUCCUGUACAAACUGAAGGGCUACCAGCUGGUGGAGACCCUGCCCACUGUUGGUUUCAACGUGGAGCCUCUCAGAGUCCCUGGGCAUGUGUCUCUGACCAUCUGGGAUGUGGGGGGGCAGACCCAGCUGAGGGCCAACUGGAAGGACUACCUGGAAGGCACGGAUGUCCUCGUGUAUGUGCUGGAUAGCACAGACGAAGUUCGCUUGCCUGAGGCGGUGGCUGAGCUCGUGGAAGUCCUGAAUGAUCCACACAUGGCCAGCGUCCCUUUCUUGGUGCUGGCCAACAAGCAGGAGGCGCCCGAUGCUCUGCCGCUGCUUGGGAUCAGAGACCGGCUGGGCCUGGAGAGAUUCCAGGACCGCAGCUGGGAGCUCCGGGCCUGCAGUGCCCUCACCGGUGCUGGGCUGCCCGAGGCCCUGCAGAGCUUGAGAAGGCUCCUGAAAUCCGGCUGCCACUGUAUCUCCACGUGAGCGCAGGUGCGGCAGGGGAGUGGGGAGAGCAAGAAGACUGGACCCGGGCAGAGCAACGUGCCUUUGCCCAUACGAACUGAAAGAAGCCGCUAGUCCUUGAGAAUCUUAAACUCAUUUUGUCAAACAAGACAUCCUUCUGUGCUUGGACAGGAUAUUUUCUUCUUGGGGCUUAUUGUCACUAGGGUUUAUGCUGAAAACCAACUAUUCUUUGAAUAAUACUCUAAGGGGAAAAAAAA